AUGGACUGUGGAAGCGUCCGCGGCAUUGCUGACGAGGCGGACUGCGGCAUCUGCGGCUUUGUGAACCCAGAGCUGAAGCCCAUCGGCGGCGCGCUGAAGUGCUUCCCCGAGGACUUUGUGGUUGAGGAGCUGCCGCUUUCAGAAGACGAAGGCGAAGACGAGUGCAGCUUCUGGCGCUUCCGUCUGAAGAAGCGAGGCCUGGACACCUUGGAGGCAGUGGAUGCGCUGGCCACGUUUCUGCGGGUGCCAGCGCAGAAGUUCGGCUUUGCAGGUAUCAAGGACUCGUUUGCCAUCACCACGCAGGACCUCACAGUGCCAAAGAGCGCUGUUACAGAGGCGGCGCUGCGUAAAGCGCAGCAGGAGCUGCCCUACCUCCAGCUCAGCCACUUCCGGAGUGCCAAGAAGCCAUUGGCGCCCGGGCAGCUGCGAGGCAACCGCUUCAUCCUUCGAGUGCGAGGCAUUCGCGGCAGCCCCACGGAGGUCCAGGAGUCCAUGGAGUCCUUGCGCAGCCGGGGCUUUGUGAACUACGUGGGCAUGCAGCGCUUCGGGAAGGCGGGCCUGCGCAGCGACGUGCUAGGCCUGGCCUACCUGCAGGGCAACUACGAGCGCUGCGUGGACCUGCUGUUGCGGCAAGGAGGCGACGAGGCCCAGAACCUUGGCCGUUUGCCGAGAUGGGCGGAGGUCUUCCGCCGCACCGGCAGCGCGGAGGCGGCGCUGCGGAAGAUGCCGGAGGGCAGCUGCUGGGCGGAGCGGCGGCUGCUUCUGGCGCUGAAGCGCCGCCAGGAACUCGACGGCGGCACUGCCCCACAGGCGCUGUGGGAGGAGGCCCAGGCGGCGCCGCAGACUUGGGCGGAGACUGCGCGGGAGGCGUUCCUGAAGCUGCCCAGGACCAUCCGUGCCCUCUAUGUCCACGCGUACAUUGACCGCUUGUGGAAUCUCGCUGCCACUGAGCGCCUAAGCCGCUACGGACAAGAGCUUGCUGAGGGGGACCUUGUGCAGGACGACCAGCCCAAAGGUUUCAGGUUGGCAGAAGCACGCGAGGCCCUGGACAUGUGCAAGCUGCUGCUUCCUCGACCGGGCUCAGGCGUGAGGCUGCCUGCGAACAGCGUUGGGAGCUUCAUGCAAAGCUACUUGGCCUACGAUGGCCUGGAUGUGGAGGAUUUGAGCCUUGAGGUGCCCGGCGGCACGCAGCAGCUCAGCGGCUGCAUGCGCCCAGUGCUGGUGCGGCCCCAGAACUUGAGGUGGCACCUGGAACCUGACCUCGGGGAUCCAGAAAAGGAAUGGGACGAGCCCGCCAAGGUAAGGCGGGCUACCAGCAACUUCUCGCGGGCUCGGGCCAAGACAACGCAGGGGUCCAAACACUUGGUGCUGGAUUUCCACUUGGGCCCAGGGCAGUAUGCGACCAUGGCGAUGCGAGAGGUAAUGAGGGCACGUGCCAGUGCAGCUCCACGGCACAUCGUCUUCGAAAGUGACAGCGAGGCGCGGAGUUUCGAGCGGCGUGUGGAUUCCAGAUGUGUAACACUGCCCUACAUGUUGGUCAUUACCUCCAAGUAG